ACGCUCGCACGCAGCACAGAACAGUUGCGUUUGGAACGCGUGAGAGUUAAGAACGUUCGGCAGUUGCGCUUCUGCUCGUGCAUAAAAAAUUUAACAUUAAACUUUAAAAGUCGCGAAAAGCUGACACAAUUUCGAAUUAAAGUUCAUAUAAAGGAAAAAAACGCGUGAUACAGAAAUUUAGGAAGAAGUUAUGCGAAGCGCGUUCUUAAUUUUCGUGGUCGUUGUCAGCUCGGCAGCGGGUCACAGAUAUGGCAAUUUACCAACCUCCGCAAGUUAUGCGUUGCCCGCAAGUGUAACAAGUGCUGCUGCUGCAUCGCGUGCAAGUAGUGUAGCCACAACAACGGCAACUAGCCCCAGCUCCAUAAAAGAAACGCCAACACCAACCGUCAUCAUUGAGUCCGCCGGCGGCGCGGAGAGUGCAGCUGCAGGCGAAAGCGGUGCCAUUAUCACCACACAAGCCGCACCAACCACAAUUACUAUUCCCGCUGUGGCGGCUGCUUCCAGUACGGUAAAGAAUGAGGAAGCUGUUAGUGAAACUCUAACCGAGGUUCCCAUAGCCUCGCCGCCGACAUCGCUUUUGCCCCCCGACAGCGAUGUGGACUCACCGCAACGUCGUGUGGUAACCUAUGAUCAGCGUCAGGAUGGCCAGUAUAAUAUACGUGCCGAUUUGGAGAAUUUCAUGAUCGUACUAAUACCACCGUCACCAUCUGAGGGUUUGGACAUACUAGAUUUGUUGUCCUCAGUGCGUCGCAGUUCGCUGCGUUCGAAGUCGAAGCGCAAACAUUUCGCAAACACCGCAGGCAGCACCAAAUAUCGUCAGCCUUUGAAGUCAUCAGCAACCUUUCCUUCAAGUUUGCAAUAUGGGGGCCGUCAGCAAGCACCACACUCAUUAGAAGGAUCGCGUGGUUAUCUCACCGCACCGCAAUUUGCGCAAAGUCCUUUUGAUGCCUUCCUCGGUGCGCAUGGUUCCCCGGCAUCAGUUUUUUCUACUUUGGGUGCAUCUUCCAAUCGUCUCUCAGAUUUCAUUGAGGGUCGCACCACGUCUCGCUUUGAUAUCGCCGCCAAUGAAGAGAAUGCCUCAGCUGAUUUACAGCCCGAUCGUCCGGUGGAUGUAUUACCGCCACCAUAUCCACUUGCUUACCAGCACCUCAUCAAACCCUAUCAUUUGGAGGCUGAGCCGACGGUCAUCCAAGCUUUACCACCGCCAGAAUUGAAUAGCGCACCAGCGCGUAUUUCUGGCAAUUACCUGGAUAGCUAUAAUCAGUUGCUGGCACCCGGUCUCACGGCUGGCAAUAACGCUGCUGCUGGCGACAUCGCCACGAUUUCCACAACCACAACAACCGCCGCGGCCAAACCCACAGAAAACGGCUAUUAUCGCAUUUCGCGUGCCAUACGCGGCGACACUUUUUUGGACUCAAACCGUGUGAGCUCACCGAAUAGUAUACAUCAAAAUAGCGCCGAUCUGCAGCCACUUUAUCGCGCAGAUCAUUCGCUGGGCGCUACAUACCUGUAUCCGCCGAUCGAUACGCCACGUCUCUACUUCCACCCAGAGUCGAAUGGAAAAAGCUUUGAGAUGCCUCACGAUGCCGUUGAUCGCUCACAGAUUUUGGACGAUGUAGAGGAUAAUGCACGUGUGGGUGAGCUGUAUGUGCCGCCGCGUGAGCUGAAAGACGACAUUGAGUGGGAGCAGUUCUUCGACACAAUGGUCAAGGAGGCAAACGAUUCACUGUGCAUGCCUGGACAGCGACGCGACAGCUACGGCAUUUGUCGUCAAGUGGAGGGCUACUGAGUAUGAAGACUGCACUGAAAUGCUAAGUAACAAAAUAAUAGAAUUAGUGAAAUUGGACGCAAGUUGAAUUGAUGGUAUCUUUUAAGUAUUUUAGUUGAAGAAAACUUUUUAUAAAAUAUUUUAAGUGCGGAAUUGCUACAUUCUAAGCAUAAACAGACAUCUAACUAUAACGAUUAUAUGAACGAUUGAAACAAUUUAUAGUAUAUUUAUGCCUUUAGUGCAAAGUAUUAAUAAAUAUAUUGAAUUAUCAGAA